GGAGGAAUGGACCUCAAUGCUGGCACAGGGCUCACCAUACUCCACACACAGUCUGCUCUCUAACAUCUUGCUGCCACCACUUGGCCUUUGCCACUGAAAGCAACCAUUCCUUCUGCCUCAAUGUAGAACUGGUGAUGUCCAUAUUCACACACACAUACAUACACACACAUAGUUCUGACUUUGGAGAGCUGUGAGGAGGAACCCAGGAAAUGCAGUGGAGUUGCUGGCCCUCUCCUGUUCUUGCAUGUGUCUGUAUGAGGAAAGAUACUUGUCUGAAACAUGCAUACCCUUCUUUCUAUGUGUGAGAGAGAAAGGCAAGGCAUGAGCAUGCUCAGUUAUGCAAAAAGCACUCAGCCAAAUCAGAGAAGCAUGCUUAUUUUGUGCCUCCGCCUUGGCUUCCGGGACAGAGAUCUCUAGAUGUCUUCUGUGCUUGAAAGAACUGGCAUUUUGGAACCAAUAAAUGAGGGCCUAUUGUCUAGAAUCUCCGAUCUCUUACUGUGCAGAUGGACUUGCCGGAAUUGUUGUCAGAAGUGUUACGAUUGGAGUUGUUGCCAGUCCAAUGAAGAUGAAGUGGAAAUCCUGGGGCCUUUCCCAGCACAGGCGCCUCCCUGGUUAAUAAGCAACAGAAAUGAGGACAAAGAUGGUGACUCUGACAACAUGACAGCAAGUGAGCCUCCUCCAACUCCUCAGGAUGUUUCACUAAGUAGAAGACGAUCCUCUACAGAUACAUCUCGAUCCACUUACAGCCUGACAAGACGAAUCUCAAGUCUUGAGCUGAGGCUACCAAGUUCUCCUCUUGUUGACCUCAAACCUAUUGAGUUUGGCAUUAUAGGAGCCAAAAAGGAAAUUGUUCAGCCAAGCAUCCUUAGGAAAACACAUACUCCUGAUGACUAUUUUAGGAAAUUUGAACCACGAUUGUAUUCCCUUGACUCAAAUAGUGACGACAUGGACUCCUUGACAGAUGAGGAGAUCUUGAUGAAGUACCAGCUGGGUAUGCUGCACUUUAGCACGCAGUAUGACCUCUUACACAAUUGCCUCACAGUCAGGGUAAUUGAGGCAAAGGACCUGCCUCCCCCAAUCUCCUAUGAUGGUUCAAGACAGGACAUGGCACAUUCAAAUCCAUAUGUCAAAAUUUGUCUGUUGCCAGACCAGAAAAACUCCAAGCAGACUGGGGUGAAGCGGAAAACCCAAAACCCAGUGUUCGAGGAGAGGUACACCUUUGACAUCCUGUUUUUAGAAGCCCAGAGGAGGACUUUGCUCUUGACCAUAGUAGAUUUUGACAAGUUUUCACGCCACUGCGUCAUUGGGAAAGUAUCCAUGCCCUUGAGCGAUGUGGAUCUUGUCAAAGGUGGGCAUUGGUGGAAGGCUCUGGUCCCUAGUUCUCAGAAUGAAGUUGAGCUGGGAGAACUCCUGCUGUCAUUGAAUUACCUUCCUAGUGCAGGAAGACUGAAUGUAGACAUCAUUAGAGCAAAACAGCUGCUUCAGACAGAUAUGAGUCAAGGUUCAGAUCCUUUUGUAAAAAUCCAGCUUGUUCAUGGGUUAAAACUGGCAAAAACCAAGAAGACCUCUUGCAAGAAGGCCACAAUUGAUCCAUUCUACAAUGAGUCCUUCAGCUUCAAGGUGCCACAGGAAGAACUUGAAAAUACCAGCCUGGUCUUCACAGUUUAUGGCCACAACAUGAAAAGCAGCAACGACUUCAUUGGAAGAAUCGUGAUCGGCCAGUACUCAACGGGCUCUCCAGAAUCCAAACACUGGAGAAGGAUGCUCGGCUCCCAUCGCACUGCUGUGGAGCAAUGGCACAGUCUCCGGUCACGGGCUGAAUGUGACCGUGUCUCUCCAGCUUCCCUGGAGGUGACAUGAGGAUGACAGUGACAACACUGCCAACAUGCUCCUGAGCAGAUAUAUAUACAACUACACUUGUAUAUGAUCACUAUGGAAUAGACAGCAACUGUUGUGACUACUGGUAACAAAACAGUUGCAUUAGCCUCUGUGCCUCAACUGUCCUUCACUCAUUUUUAUUUGUUUCACGCUCAUGGACCAUUCAUCACAUGUGGCUUCCUACUACUCAUGUCAGCCACUGCAUUCACAUUUGUGUAGCCAACUGUUUGGAACUGUUCCAAAGGUAAUUCAUUUUAAAAUUCAUUUUAAGAAUUUCUUUGCUGCCUGUUAUGUUAUUGUCUAGUGCAGAUCACAGACUAAAAAUGCCGAGUUACCUGGAAGCUUUUCAUUUGCCUUUUCUAAACUUUUAACUCUACAACUCUAUGAGCCAAUGUAUUGGAAGAUGUCUGUUCCCGUGCAUUCUUGUUGAUGAAUGUUCAGUAAAUAGGAUAGAAUGUAGGACAUUAUUUUAGCAGUAGAAUAUAUGGUACUAUCAGUCAUGUCUCAAUUCAGUCCUUUGUCCAUGUACAAGCUUAACGUAUAUACUAUGUGUUUAUGUCUCUGGAAUUGAGUGUGCAGAUGGAAAGCAACCAUCUCUCUUCUCUUCAUCUUGUGUGUUAACAUUUUAUUACAUGAAUCCAACCUUAUAGUACUGAAGACCCUCUUGGCCACUGCUGUUAAAAGUAUCAUUCUGCAACUAGCCUACACUUAUGUAAGCCUGUUAAAGUCAAAAUUUGAGGUGGGAGGUUCUGGAUUACAGCCUGGCUCUGGAAUGCCAUAGAUCAGUGGUGGUGACACUCAGAGUCCUCUCUGUGGGCACACACACCAUCACCCCAGCAGAGUUUGCCAGAGUUCAUUACUAGAAAUCCAGAGGGACGUGGCACUUUGCGAUAAAUAAGUGGGUUUUGGAGUGCAGUUUGGGCACUCGGCCUCUAAAAUGUUCACCGUCACUGCCAUAGAUCCACAGCAGCUUGAUGUACAUGAGCUGUGUCAUUUGCUUCCACCUCAGCAAAUGUGAGGUGAAUGGGGUAUGUCCCUCUCCACUUAGUGGUGGAGGACAUCCAUGUACAGCAGGAGGUGCAGAGGGAGACCUCUGGCCCUCACAGUAUUCUGAUUUCAACUCCAUAAAUUGCCAGCCAGUAUGGGCAAAUGAUACUGGACUGUGGGGAAUGAAGUCAAUAACAUCUAGAGGGCCAAAGGUUUCCCAUCCCUAAUGUAUGAAUUGGAGCUCCUGUUCCGACAGCACACCAUUUGAAUGGGACAUUUAGAGACCAUGACCAAACUGGAAACUGAAAGAAUCUGAGACUUUGAGGGGGCCAUUUGUGUAUUGUGUUAAAUAAUCUUUUUUGGAGCCUUUGGGGGGCAGCAUUCACCCAGAGGCUGAUGCCAACUAAUUUCAGUUAUUUGUGAUAUUAGCAUGAUGACUCUUUCCCUCCUCUUUGGACUAUCAUGUGUUGAACUGUUCUUGUGUGUGAAUCAGCAAAUGAUCUGCUUUUUUGUCUUACCAUAUUAAACAAAAAUGCAAUUUAAGUCUGUAUCAAUAUUCUUCUAGCAAAUCCGGGUUGAGCCAAAUGAAUUCCACAUUCAGUGAUGACUGCUGGAGCUACAGUGGUGCCUCGGGUUACGAAAGUAAUUCGUUCCGCGGCCGCUUUCGUAACCCGAAAAG